AUGGCCAUGCAUACAGUCGCAACUCUCCCGCGCCUCUCCUCCACCGAGCUCUCGCAGAUCCUCCUCUCCAACAGCUCCUCAAACCUCGACGCCUCGACUCCGCCCUCAAAGAUCGCAAUUGUGGAUGUACGCGAUGACGACCACAUCGGCGGCCACAUUCGCCAUUCGAUCCACGCCCCUUCCCACACCCUAGACCACAAGAUCCCCGAGCUCGUGCGGAAGCUGAAAGAUAAAGAGACAAUCGUCUUCCACUGCGCGUUAUCACAGCAAAGAGGACCGUCUGCUGCGUUAAGAUACAUACGAGAGAGGGAACGAUUGCUUGGUCCCAGCGCGAAGACGAAGAUGGAGAGUGGCAGUGGAGUGGGGGAGGUGAUGCUGAAGAAUAAGGAGUUAGAUAGUGAGGGAAAAGGAGAGGAUGAGGAUAAGGAGUGGGAGGAUGACGAUGAAGAGGGCAAAGAGCAGAAGGUUUAUGUGCUUGAUCGUGGUUUCGUGGGCUGGCAGGAACGGUAUGGUGAGGAUCCACGGCUGACAGAGGGGUAUAGGAAAGAGAUUUGGAAGGAGGGGUAUUGGAUGUGA